AUGUUUCAGUUAGAUUCACCACUGGUUUUAUGCUUGAGAAAUGGUGGUAUGCAAGUGUUAGGUGAAAAUGGUAUUAUGAUGUUCCCGGUGGUGUUUCUUGUUAUCACGUUCGGAAUCUCUGUGAUAAUACUCGGUCUUUUUGCCUAUUCACUGCUUUCAUACCUAUUAUUGUGUUUUGAGCACGAAGCAAUUUGGUCCCGGAUUGAAGCUCGUGCUCUGCAUUUGCAUUCCCAUCUUUGUAAUAGCAUGCCCCCCGUUGGAAUUGCCUGUGCCGUCUUUGGUGGUGCAGCGUACGGCCUGCUUGCACCGAUGUUUGCCACGUUCCAGGCAAUCGAGGAAGGGAAACGGACAAAUUCUAUCACUGAUGGAAUUUGUAGCACUCUGAAAGGAAGCUUCACUAUUAUCCGAGACUUCUUAGACGUUUGUUUAUUUUCUUAUUUCUCGAUUAUGGAUGAGCUACGACAUCAAGGACCUGCAGAGGGGAAAUACUACGAGAUCAGAUUGAUUUACGUUCCCCAAGCUCUAAUAGCUGGGGUGCUCGGUGCAUUUGUCGAUUUUCCCGGCUGGCAUCGCUUGUUUCACGAUUGCAUCGGACGUGAAUGGCCAUUCUUGGAGACUAUUUGCAUGCCAUUCGCUGGUCUGGCCAUUCUACUCUGGCCGUUGGCGGUUGUCGGGGCCGUGUUGGGCUCCAUGGUGUCGAGCAUCUUCUUGGGCGCUUACGCUGCUGUGAUCGUCUAUCAGGAGAGGUCUUUCUGGUAUGGAUUGUGUUAUAUUGUUGCUUCGGUUUCUAUUUACGACGAAUACAGCAACGAUAUCCUUGACAUGCCUGAAGGACCACGUUAUAGAAAGAAAUCGAAGAUGCCUCCAUCGCACACUAACUCAUCCGCUUCUAUUUCACGGCCGAGUUCUUUCACAAAGGCGCCCUCAUGA